UCGCUUGUCAUUGAAAUGUCAAAUCGACAUACGUUAUCAAUAUUGUUGAUACGGCAGUUUCGCUGUAAUUUUUUGCCGAGAACCCGUAAAUGUAAACUUUGUAAAAUAAAAAUGGAACCAAAAGUGAAUUUAAAAGAAGACCCGGCAUACGUGAAACUACAAGAAUUCUACAAUUCGAACGCCGAUAAAAUUAAUAUUCAACAACUCUUUCAAAAGGAUCCCGAACGUUUCAACAAGUUCAGUCUACGCAUCCCCACACCUAAUGAUGGAGACAUCUUGUUGGAUUACUCAAAGAACAGAGUGGACGAUGCUGCAUUAGCUCUGUUGCUACAACUGGCUAGAAGUCGCAAUGUGGAACAAGCUAGAGAUGCUAUGUUUACUGGCCAAAAGAUCAACUUCACUGAAGACCGAGCAGUGCUGCACAUAGCUCUCCGCAACAGACAGAACAAGCCCAUACUGGUCAAUGGCAAGGACGUCACUCCUGAUGUGAACGCUGUACUGGCUCACAUGAAGGAGUUCUCUGAACAAAUUAUCAGUGGCAGUUGGAAAGGGUACACUGGCAAAUCUAUCACAGAUGUCAUCAACAUUGGUAUCGGCGGCUCCGACCUCGGCCCUCUCAUGGUCACUGAGGCGCUUAAGCCAUACGCCAAUCAACUAAAGGUGCAUUUCGUGUCAAAUAUCGACGGCACCCACUUAGCGGAGGUGCUCAAACGGUUGAACCCCGAGACAGCGCUCUUCAUCAUCGCGUCCAAAACCUUCACCACACAGGAGACCAUCACCAACGCCACUUCGGCCAAGAACUGGUUCCUUGAAGUCGCUAAAGAUCCAUCAGCAGUAUCGAAGCAUUUUGUUGCUUUGUCAACGAACGCCGAGAAGGUGACCGCUUUUGGCAUCGACCCCAAGAACAUGUUCGGCUUCUGGGAUUGGGUGGGAGGCAGGUACUCCUUAUGGUCUGCGAUCGGUCUGUCCAUUUCUCUCUACAUUGGCUAUGAUAACUUUGAGAAACUGUUGGACGGUGCCAACUUUAUGGAUAACCAUUUCACGACGGCACCUUUGGAGAAAAAUGCACCAGUACUUCUUGCGUUGCUCGGCGUGUGGUACAGCAACUUCUAUGGCGCUGAAACGCACGCAUUGCUGCCUUACGACCAGUACCUACACAGGUUCGCGGCGUACUUCCAGCAGGGUGACAUGGAGAGCAACGGCAAAUACGUGACGCGCAGCGGCCAGCAGGUGCCCUACAGCACGGGGCCCAUCGUGUGGGGCGAGCCCGGCACCAACGGCCAGCACGCCUUCUACCAGCUCAUCCACCAGGGCACCAGGUUAAUUCCCUGUGAUUUCAUAGCGCCAGCGCAAACCCACAAUCCGAUAUCCGGUGGACUCCAUCACAAGAUCCUGUUGGCUAACUUCUUGGCUCAAACGGAAGCUCUCAUGAAGGGGAAGACUUCUGAUGAAGCUAAGGCGGAGUUGGAGAAGUCCGGCAUGGCGCCCGAGGCGGUGGCCAAGAUCCUGCCGCACAAGGUGUUCAAGGGCAACCGCCCCACCAACUCCAUCGUUGUGAAAAAAGUCACCCCCUUUGUACUUGGGGCACUGAUUGCCAUGUACGAACACAAGAUCUUCACCCAAGGCGUGAUCUGGGACAUCAACUCCUUCGACCAGUGGGGAGUGGAGCUCGGCAAGCAGUUGGCUAAAGCCAUAGAGCCAGAGCUGCAAGACAAGAGUCCUGUCUCCUCCCACGACGGCUCAACCAACGGACUCAUCAACUUCUUGAAGGCCAACUUCGCUUGAACCAUCAAUAGUUGACGCAAAACAUAUAUUUGAUGUUGUGAUUCACAAUUGUAUAAAGAGGAUCUGUCUAAAUCUAUGGUUUCUUUGGGACUUUGGAUUUGGGUCUGUCUAAUUUUUUAGUAUAUCCUCUGAGCUUUAAUUGUAAAAACUCCAUUUUUUUAUUUUCACUCGCAUUUUUAAAUCAAGGCACUAUUGCUAUUUUCUAAAUCUCCUAAUUUUUCCUAAUUGACCGAAAUCUUAAAACUAGAUCUUUAUUAGAAUUUAACAAAAUCAAUAAGACAGACAGAAGUCUUGAAAUUGACCAACUUAAUAUUUUUUUGUAAACACAUAGAUUUAUACAUUUUAAAAGUUUUAUAUAAAAGUGCAAAUAUUUUAUAGAAAUUACAAUGAGGUAAUAUGGUCGCAGUAGCGAAUAUUAACUAAAAUAUAAUUUAGAUUACAUACAAACUUUUUAAAUUAUUAUUUAAUUCGUAUAGAGAAAUUUUUAUUGGUAUGUUAGUGAUUGAUUAAUGUAUUUAUUGUAAAGUAAGGAAAAAGUAUUUGAGAUGUAUUUUGAAAUGUUUUAUCUCAUUUAAAUGUUUAUAGAUGUAUUUUAUUCGAUUUAGAAUAAAUAUUAUGUAUUUA